AUGCCCAAGAAAAAAGGAAAUGGCGAGAAAUCGUCUAAAACUCGAGAUAAAUUUGGUGCUCAAAUGAUAGAAGAUGUAAAAGUGUUCACGAGUUUGCCACCUCAAGUUGAUGGACAGCUACGAUGUUUCUGUAAGGUAGCUGUAGAAGAAAUUAUUUGGAGUACAGAUAUUCCUAACCCCCCUGUUUUAACUUUAGUCAGGACAAAAUGGUGGGGAGAAGAUGGAGAAGGAUCUACAUUCAAGCCAGUAGAUGUAUUACAACAAGGGAGGACAACUUUCUGUACGACAGCUAGAUAUCCAAUACGUUCAGGAUUAAAACAGUUUACUUCUUAUUUAAAUGAUAUGGGUUGUUUAACUCUAGAAGUAUUGUCUGGUCCAAUGGCCAUAGCAGUUGGUACAGCAGAAAUAACAGAGAUUAGUUCAUUGUCUAAUAUGAAACCAAUUAGUGGUUUGAUUCCAGUUUUUAACCCUGAAGAUCAGCAGAUUGCCGAAUUGAAAGUUUCAAUUGUUAUAGAACCUUUAAUGGCUUCGUAUGAUAGUAUGGGAUCAAUACCAACUACAGAUAUUUCCAUGGAAAUGCAUGUUACCCAAGAAUCAGCUUUACCUCACCGUGUUUUACCAGAGCCUCAUUCUCAUCUCCCGCCCAAACCAGAUGAUGAUCUGUUUGUUUCACCGGCUUCACAUUUGAAUGAUGACUCCCAAAGAGUUGAAAAUGGAAUAUCAUUGAGAUAUGCUGAUGACCUUCGUCAGACUUUGAACUAUGACCUGCCUGAUGUCAAGGUGAAGGACAUUGCACCAGUGACCAAUGGCAGCACUGUAUCUAUAACUGAAAAUGGUGAAGUCGUGACGACUAGAGACAAAUUCUCCCCACCUACUAAACAUCUCGUACACAGUGUUGAUUCUGGUUUUAAUUCUGUCAGAGAUGUACGAAGAAGUGCUGAAGGUUCCGAUGUAUUAUCUGUGUUAUUAAAUCGUGGUAAUAAAUUACGUGAUGCUAUGAUAGUCUCUACUCUACCACCAACCAAAUCUACAUCACAACCUGAUAACCUGAAUAAUAUACACGAUACAUCAUUUAGACACUCUACAGGGAAUCUAUACAAAGAUUAUACAUCGCAGAGAGACAUUGUGCCAUCCUCUUCUUCUAAUACUGAUACAGGGGUCAAGGCUGUUGACCUUGUUCUUCAUUCUCCUGUUCGCAGCAGAGAUUUUCAGUCUCUUAAUUUGGAAACACCUGAUGCCACUUUGAUACUGGAUUAUCAACAUUUUGCUUUGAGUGAAUCCACUUUGUUUGUCAACAUGAUGUUAGAAAUGGUGAAUUCCAAUCGAAGUCCAGGUUCCAGUCUGUCCAGUGAUCCGGAGAUACUCAGUGAUUCCCAUGAUCCUUUACAGGAAGAUGACAUCAUUAACGAGUUAUUCUAUAAAUAUUCAGAUAGUGAGGGAAGUGCCUUGAGUGAUUUCAGUCCCGAAGAACCUGUUAGAGCUGCCAGGUCAAGGUCAAGGUCUGGAGGCAGGUCAAGGUCUGAAGCAAAGUCAAGGUCUGGGGCAAGGUCACGGUCGAGGUCAAACUCUACAGGAAGGUCAAGGUCAAGAUCAAAUUCUGCCUCAUCAUUGAAAGAUGCUGGAAAUAUGCGCCCACCGUCCAGAAGGUCAUCAAUAUCCACGUUAUCGAACAUACCAGUUUUGGAACCAGAGAAAAAGAAGAAAGUGCGUAAAUCUAGAUCUACAUCAAAAUCAGGAACUUCAACGAACGUUAAACGAAAGGGUAGUAAAAAACGUAGCGUGUCAAAAACUCGCAGUCGUGGAAGUAGUGUCAGUGACUUUAGUGAAAAUGAAAUGGCGUCUACGCCUCGAUCAGAAAUAUCUCGAGUUUCCUUCGACAUGAUGGAUUCAGAUCUAGAAGACACAGCAAAAGAACCACCUGCAUCUAGCAGUAAGAAAUCUAUAGAUGGAUUGAGUGUAGAGAGAUUAACGUUAUUGGGACGCGUUCAUGUUGCAAGAGUUUCCAUCGACUCUUUAGAUCUGAAUGAUUUGAAUUUGUCCAUCUCCAGUAAAAAGAAUUCUAAAUCUUUAAAAUCAGGGAAACCACCAAGGCCAGCAUCCAAAACAAAGCGCCACAAUACGUACUUUAUUGAAUAUCAGUUUCCUGUUGUGGCCACAUCAAGAGAUAAAUAUUCACCUAAUGCCAUGGCAACCGAAGUCAUGAGGGUCGCCUCCAAAAAUAUAAAAAAUGGUGUGGUAUCAUUCAACCAUCGUUCAGUAUUUCCUAUAAUGUUUGAUGGUACAUCCGUAGAUAAAUGGUGGAAAUCAGCUCUAAUAUUUAAAAUCUUCGCACGAGAACCUGGCCAGAAAACACCAACAGCAAUAGGAAGUUGUGGUUUUCCGUUGAAAUCUAUCCUUCGUUCUGAUGGUUUGUUUAUAAAUCGUAGUAUAGAGAUUAGAGAAACAGGAAGAUCUGGUUCAGUGGUGAAUGGGUCGGCUCGAGGCUCCGGAUCUCUUCUUGGUAACUUACAGGUAUCUGUGGAAUUAGCAUCAGACCACAAAGAUUUUGCUACUGCUCUGGCUAGGACUAAGAUAGCUGAGAUAUCUGGAAAAACCAAAAUUGUACCCCUACCUCAACCCACUCCAGCCCCACCCCCAAUAGUUUCUGAUACUAUUAUAUCAGAUCUUGAAAAUCAUAUCAAAAACACUCAAAUAGUCACAUCUCAACCGUCUGUCCAACAACAUCCCAUCUCUGAUUCAUACCCUUCAUCUUCAACCAAUCAUAUUGCUCAAAAUAGUCAACCAAAUACAGCUCCGUCCAAUCAAAUUUCACAGAAUAUAUUGCCUUCAACCAAUCAACAGCCUUACAUCAAUCAACUGCCUUCAACAACCAAUCAGCAAGUAGAAGAUAUUGUGCCUAACCAAUCAGAAUUAAGAAGUCAUCCUAAUCCAUCAUCUACUAUGUAUCAACUUCCAACGAGCAGACCAAAUAUCACUGUUGAUGACGUUGAGGCAUUAACGUUAAAUAUGUUACUAUUUAUACCUGAUGGGCGUAAUAUAACCAUCCAGGGUAUUCCCCCUUUACACAUGGUAAACAAACGACCAGUCUUAAUCCAUCAACAACAACAACAACAAUUGGGUAAUCGUGAUAUGACGGCCAGAAAUACCUAUCUAGUGUGUCGUAUGUUUUGGUGUAAUGAUGCUGUAUCGUCUAACGUCUGCUGGGGAUCGAGUCAACCUAAUUAUAAUUUCUUACAAAUCGUUCCUGUUCUUAUGACUCCAUCUUUGUUAGAAAGAAUGAGGAACAAUUUUAUGAUUAUUGAAGUGUGGGAUAAGAAAACAACAGCAGAAAAUGAUAAGUUAAUUGGUAUUAUAAAACUCAGUUUACAUCAAUUCUUUAUGUCGUUUCGAGAGAGGAAAAUAGCUAAUGCACUCAUUAAAUCACAGUUUCCAGUAGUAGCCGUUGAUAAUUUUCUACCAAUAUUAGAUCCUUUUACUGGCUAUCAAUUUGGUCAGAUUCAUGUUUUAUUAGCUAUGGGAAGUACUGAGCAGGUAACAGUAUUACAACGUCAGAGAAUCGAGGGUGAGAAUUCUGCACCUGAACGUCCACAGCACCAUUUAGAAAGACAAGAUUUGUUUUCUAAAGAAGCAAUUUAUAAAACAGAUCUUCAACCAAACUCUGUGGAACAUUGUUUUGAGUUGAGUAUUGAAGGAAUCAAGAAUUUGAAAUUGUUUGAGAAUAUGAUUUGGGGAGAAGCAGAUUGUUUUGUUCAAUAUCAUUUUCCUACUCAACUUGAAACUGAUGGAGUCAAACAUGCAACACCAACUUUACGUUCUUAUCGUACUGGGACUACUUUAUGUAUUCCGGAUCCUGUAUUUAAUGAUGGUAAUAGACACCGAAUCACUCUAGAUCAGGGUGUUCCCGUGCAGCGGGAACUACUUACAGCCUGUGCCAACUCUAGUGGAGGAAGUGGGGGUCUACCAUUUGAAGUUUGGUGUCGAUAUUAUCAUCCUAAUGUUCGAGAUCAAGUUAUAGCUAAAGCUACUCUACCAUUAGCUAAACUAUGUGCCAUGGUUACUAUGCAGAAACGAGGAGAACCAUCCAUACAGACAUUCCAACUUCCUUUAUCACACAAUACCAUGACAACCAAUACUGAUCCUGAAUUAAAAACUAAGUGUAUGGACUCUGGAAUGUUAGACGUCACUUUACAUUAUAAAACACAACUUCUAAAGAAUGAUGUAAACCUCAAUAGACCAAUAUCAAGAUCUAUCAAUACUUCUAAUGUGUGUAUAUCAGUUGGCGUAAUCAAAGCUGCCGGUCUCAAGACGGCAGCAGAACACGUGGCCAGGUUUGAUCAAUCUAUGGAAUAUCCCAGUGAAGUGGGUGUUAAUACUUAUAUUAGAAUCAAACUCUCCUUCUUACAACAGGGUGAAAGACUGACGAAGACCGUAGCCAGAACAUUUGCUCCAGAAUUCAGUCAUUAUUUAGAUUUUCCCUGUCCUCUUCUCUUCACACAACCCUUGGCAGACGCACAAAGUUUAGCUGAGAUAUUAGAAUCGGCAGAGGCUGUGUUUGAAGUCUGGCAUCAAGUUCCUGGGUCUAUGGGUAUUGCUAAUCCAUCCAACCAAUCAGAUGAUUACAAGCCAUCGACGUCCAAUCGUACUUCAGAUACACUACUAGGAACAGUAACUCUUUCUUUAUAUUCCUUACUGACCAAGAAAACUGGUAUAAAUGGUUGGCAACCAAUUAUCCGUCCAACGAUUGGCUGGAAUCAGUCAGUUGAUCAAUCAGAAGAUAAUUUCCUCCAAUCAGAGAGUAGUGAGUUUACGGGACUACACCGUGUGGUUGGUGGGUUAGAGUUAUCAGUCCGAUUUGCUAACCCGGAAGAUCGUGACCAUGUGAUAUCAUCAGGUAGAAGUGUGGGAUGGUCACCGAUAGAUUCUAAUCUAGAAACUGUAGAUUGGGACUUAGAUGGUGUAAGUAAUAAAGACUAUAGUAAGAUAAAGAUUGGUAUAGAUUAUAUUUGCUUCCCGUUAAAUAACGCCAUAGUGACAGGCCAGACAGUGUUAGAUCGUAACGCUAGGUGUUACGUUAGAUAUAAGUUUUACGAUAAACGAGCUGUAAUAUCUAAGAAUGUUACCAUGGAAACCAAUGAUGCUAGUUACGUUGUGUGUAGUUUGAAUCAUAAACAUCAGUAUAUCUUACCCAAAUCUUCUACGUAUCAAUGGUAUUUACAAGAAGAAAGACUGGAAGUUCAAGUCUGGGUGACAUACUCCCGUAAAGAUCGUGGAGAGAAACGACCCAAACAGCGUGAUAAGUUGAUAGGGUCAGCGUUUAUUGAGUUAGAGCAGCUGUCUAGACACAAUAGAUCACAGCACAGAAUCAGUGGUGUGUAUCCCUUAAUAAAACCAGGGUGUAAUAAAAUGAGAGGCAGUUGUUUACAGUUACAGAUUGGUAUAAAGCCUCAUCAUACACAGAAUGGGGAUUCAUCAGACGAAGAGAUAGACCUCCUAGUAUCAGAUACAGAACAAGAUUAUGAUUCUCAGGAUAGUUUCCAUCAGUUGACAUCACGUACCGGUACCAGUCCUAGUAAACAACACGAUAGAACAGCAGGGUUAAACACCGAGAACAGUUUCAUGGUGCAUGUCAGCAUCGAACGGGCCAUGCAUUUGCCUACUGUAUCACACAAAGAUAGAUCAGAAGAGGUGGCGCCAACUUCCUAUGUAUCCUACCAGAUCAGUGACAAGAGCAAACCAAUACAUACUGAUAUCUUCCCGAGUUCUACGGCACCAAUCUGGGACCACAGUCGGGAGACCAGAAUACCUAAUACCUAUCUCAUCCAAGACAAUAAGAAUUUGGUGUUGAAAGUUUGGCAUAAGCCAUCUGAUGCUGCUAAAAGCCCAGACAAGUCCAGUGAUCGUGUAUUAGGUUUUGUAUCAGUUGAUUUAUCUCCCUUGUCGUCAGGGUUACUACAGAUCUGUGGCUGGUAUAAUAUAUUAGAUUUUAAUGGCCAGUGUCAAGGUCAGAUGAAGGUGAAUAUCACUCCACAAACAAAUCUUUCUCCUCAACGAAAUACAGAUUCUCAACAGAUUAAUUCCUCUGUGCCUUCAAUUCCUCUGUUUACUCCAUGGACUUCUAUAUAUAGCACGGCUAUACCAGAUACGUCUUCCGUCCCUUCACAGAUACAUCUAGAUACACUUAGCAACCAAUCCCAGUUAACACAGCAACCAACAGUCACCAUGACAACUCAACACUGGAAUCCCAACUUCUCAUUCAAGAUGGAUAACUCUUCUUCAAAAUCCUUCCUCUUCUCAUCUCUCAGGAAACAACUUGAUGAUCUGGACUCAAUUACAGAAACAUUUAAGAAUAGACUUGGUCAUCCAGAGCCUCAAGUCCUAACUGCACAAACCUCUUCUUAUCAGAAUGGAUCUGAUGAAAAAUCAAAUGGCUUGAUGUCCGAGUCUUCGGCUGAUAGUCACGUUCUCGUAAACACUGUGAUAAAUUCUAACGGACGCUCAACGCAUUCAGCCGUGGACUCAGGUGCUUUUUCUAUUGACAAUUCAAAAAGUGAUCAUUCGCGUUCCCAGGAUUCUAACUUUUCUAACUCUGUGCCAACUUAUCAAUCGUUGCCAAUUAUCACCUCCUCCAAUGUGCCAGUUUCAAAUUCAGUUGAAAAUUCUACGAUCGAAAUCACUACAUGUGACUCAAUUAGGAAUAAUAUUCAAACUUUGUUGAAUUCACAUCCAGUUAUGACAGUAACGCAAGCACUGAGCUAUGAAAAUCAGAAGUUCGAUGCCGAAAACAGCACUGGAUUUGUUCCUCGAUCAUAUGUUCCGUCUGAAUCUGAAUUCAUGCCUAUUGAUCCACCAACUGCACGGUCACAGAGCAAAUCAGAAGAUGUUAAUGGUCAUUUAGGAACCAAUGAAAAUGCUUGGAAUAGUGAAGGGGAGGAGUCAGAAGAUGAAAGAGUUGAAAAUUAUCACCGUUAUCGUGAUAUACUGGAUGAUGAUGAUGGUGAUGACCUUGAGGAUGAUGAAGGUCAAGAGGUCAUCACUCCGAGGGCAAUCAACGAUUUUUCUGGAUUUUAUGCUAAGAAUCGUGAUUAUUCAGAAAGAGGUAACGGACCUAGAACAUGGCCGCAGCAGCCUGAACAGGAUACCUAUGAUAUUGAUGAACAAAUACUAAAUUCCAUUGGUCGAUAUACUAGUGAAAUCGAUCAAUCAAAAUCUGUGAUAGAAAUACAUGGUCAAGACUUAAAUGAAUCGCAACAAACUUUACCGGGAGGUGAUGAUGACAGGCGAGAUUCUAGACAGCCUCAUUCUAGUGCUUUUAAGGAUAGUUGGUUAUCAGACGAUGACCCUGAAUGUCAGACGCCAACUCAAAUUCGUCAUGAAAGUGAGUUCCACACAACGAAUCAAUCCACAGAAUCACAUGACUCUGCAGCCAAUCAGCUUCUAUCGCGAGUUGAAUUGAUCGACACCCUGACGUCAACAACAGAACGACUCGUCUUUAAUCAGCAAGUCAUGGUGGAAUCCACUGAAAAUCCAAAGUAUCAUCAUUCCAGGAAUAUGUUGUCCAGAGUGGAACUGGAAUCUGUUGAUUCGGGUACAACUCAUCUUCCAGAUUCUGGCAGUUCCAAAGCUUCAAGACAGUCGUCUGCUCAAAGUCGGAAUUCUGGAGCAGCAGCAGCAAGGAAUGAAGAUCGAAUUACAACAGAAUCCUCUUCUUUGACCCCUUGUUCGCACACGGAAGAGAGACCCCAGUCUGAAAGCACACCCCGGUCACAUGACAGUGUACAGAUGUCACAUGAUGAUGCAAGAAUGUCACAUGACCAAUCUCAUGAUGAUGUACAGAUGUCACAUGAUCAUGAUCAGUCACGUGAUUGUAUAAGAAUGUCACAUGAUCAGUCACAUGAUGAUGCAAGGAUGUCACAUGACCAGUCACAUGAUGAAGGUGUGGUGACCUGUAGAACAGAUGACCUUGACACCUAUAUCUCUCAAGGUCAAAACCGACACUUAAUUUAUUCCAUGUCGUCUGAUGAUUCCCAGCCAUUCCAGUUCCGAGAGGGCUUGAAAUUGGGCAGCCAUGAUUUUCCGACAUCCAGGACAGUAGAAGGGUACGUCCAGACGGAAGUACACAGUGAUCGUACCACUGACAGUGGUCUAGAAUCGGCAACGAAAUCUUCUCAAGAUGAUAAAGAGACCUUUUCAAUGUUUGAUGAUACCGUUGCAGAAAAAGCUUCAAUGCCGAAUUUUUUCCCUGAUUUUGGAGAAAUGCAGGCCUCAAUGAAGGCACUACAACUUGCAACAUCAGCUGUUGGGAAAGCAACUGAUACAGAGAAGCUGACAUCAAGGUCUGCAAAUAAAGCUCACGCAGCUUCUGAAUUAGCGGCUAAAAUAGCUUCAAAAACCAAAGUAACGGCUGCAAAAACCAAAUCCAGGCAGCUACCUACUGCAGAUGAAGCUAAACGUAUCGCCAAGAUAUUUGCAGCAAAACUAAACAAAUAA